AUGCAAGCUGUCAUUUGGGCUAUCAGCAAGUGCAAGUUCUAUCUUCGUGGACUUCAGCACUUCAGUUUGAUGACAGAUCACCGUCCAUUGGUUCCUAUUUUGAACCAUUAUUCUCUGGAUGCUAUUGAAAAUCCUCGCCUCCAGUGCAUGAAGGAUAAAAUCGCACCCUACAUUUUUACUGCAAUGUGGCGUGCAGGUAAGGAGUUGUGCAUUCCUGAUGCCCUCUCCCGGUCACCUGUGAGUCACCCAACGGUGGAAGAUGGUACCUUCAAUACUGAGAUGGACACUUCUGUCAAGAUUGCGGCUUUGCAUGCUGUCAAAUCUUUUCAUGCAUCAGACGCUAUAGACGAGCAAGAGGAUCUCUUCAUGGAAGAAUUGCGUAUGGCUGCAUCUAAGGAUGCCUCAUAUGAAGAAUUGCUUCAACAUGUAAAGUCAGGGUUCCCCAAUGACCGCUACAACCUGCCAAGUACCCUGCGUCCGUACUGGAAAAUUCGCAAUGAGUUGUACAACGAUGGUGACUUGGUGCUGUAUGGACCUAGAGUGGUUGUCCCUGCUUCUUUACGCCGUAGCACCCUGGCUCGCCUGCAUGAUUGCCACUCCGGUGUAGAAGCUACAAAGCGUCGUGCACAGCAGACAGUCUUUUGGCCAGGCAUUAAUGCAGACAUAGUAAAUACCGUUCAUGCCUGUGAACCAUGCCAGCGCCUACAGCCUAGCUAG